GGACGCCCGCCCAGAUGCGGUGUAUACUUCGCUUCCACGUGAAGCCGGCCCUGUGAGUGUGUCGCUGCACGAGCGCGAAGCAGAAAGAGAGAGAAUCAAAGAACGAAGGAGUGAGAGGACGAUAGGACGCUAGCUACGGUGCUACGGUGGUAGUGAAUGGAACGCGGCCCCCACGGGUGAGCGUAGUACGACGCUCCACGGGCUAGCGUUGCACCAAUGACCAGCCGGGACGGGCGAUCACGUGACGUGCGUGCCGAGCCAGCAGCAGAACAUUGCAAAUGACAAGACGCGUAGGGCAUUGUCGUCGCGCCGUCGCUGCCACCGUUCACGUCGUCGUUGUUGGUGAAUUCGUCGCGCCACCGUCGUCGUUGUUGCCACUAUCGUCGAUGAGAUUCUCGCCCGCCACCGAGACGACGAGCAUCAUAAACGAUUAGAAAUCUCGUCGUCGCUGUCGGCACCCACCGCUGCUGUCGGCGCGUGUGCGCGACAAAGUCGCGGGUGCUCGGAGGCCUCGUGCCCUGAACGGUGCCCGCGGCGCCCCGUCCUUUUAGUACAACACGCACGAUACAGUGUACCAAACACACCAGCAUCCCGAGGGCCCGUGUGGCAUUCGUCUACAUGACAAAAUGUCGGGAUCACAGCGAAUGCGAAAGUCCUCGCCUUGCUCGACAUCGAAGCAGGGCCCAAUGCGCGCGACUCUACCCGUAAGCUCGCUGUUACGACAAGGCCGGCAGGGCAGCAGUCUCAGGAAGAGCAAUAGCAACAGUCCCACCGUAUCGCCGACGAACGCGAAUGCGUGGCGGGCCCGCAUCUCGCCGGAGACCUCUUCCUCGGGACAACGAAGUCCCGGUUCUCUCUCUUACAAAGCAAAAUCAAAAACAUUAAGUGGAAGAUGCAGCGAAAGUUUAAGCGGAAACCAAAAUAUUCGGAGGACGGCGUCGUUAGAUACUAUCUAUUUGAAAGGACAAUGGCCCCGCGAUUCGUACUACAUUCAUUCCAGUCUUCUUUUGGUUAAUAAAUCUACUCAGACAGAAGAAUGGUCCAAUGAACCAAGGAAAUUACACACACGUCAUCCUACAGAACAAACUACCACAGAUGAAAAAUUAGAAAAGUACUUCAGGCAUCGAUUACAGCGUACAAAUAAGGAGGGCACCAGCAGUAGAGAGAGGACAGCUGCAUUUGGACUCAUAAUGCCUGGUGGACCACCACCUGCCUUUCCUGCAGAUCAUACAGUACUUCCACCCAGUAUUGCUUCUCAAACAUCUAUACACAACCAAUUUAGCUUGAGUACAAAGGCAAGUCCCAUGAACAUCCCUAUGAAACCAAUGAGGCCUCCAAUGCGUUCUUCUAUCGAAGGAUUGAAUCAAGAAAUUGAAGGACUCGUUCUUAAAUCUGCAACUAACCCUAGUGAUCCUGAUCAUCCAGUGGAAGAUAAAUACGCACGAUAUCGUGAACAAAUUACACCAGAAGGGCAUCGUGCACCACUAGCAGACUUACUGAGGGCUACCCGCAGCGUCAACACACAAACACCAGCUACAGACCUUCCAUCCAGUUCUUAUUCUUCAGGCCCUCCAUCUAGGAAUUCUGAGUCUCCGCUGAUUCCUGGUCUUAUGGAUGCCUCCCGUCCGCCUAGCGAUCUCUUACAAGGUGGAAGUCGUGGUUCAACCCCUGAGCAAGAUAGAGAAGGACGUCUUGGCACCUCUCCUCACAUUAAUAGGUUCCUAGCAAGAGAACCACCUGAUGGCUGUGAGAAAGUCAAUCUGAAAUUUGUAGAGGAUGCCAGGCGACCCAUGAUAGACUUGAGCAAACUAGACUAUUGCCCAAAGCCGUGUGUAGCAUUCCAGUUAAAACCUAGCUUGGGAUCAGCGUUCCUGCCAUUACAACAGCCAGCCAGUCCAACGAUGGUUGCAAGUGCAUCACCCUCUUCGCAUACAACACCAACUACACCCCCUCCAAAUCCAUAGUCCUGCUCUUUACCUUAUGAAAUAAUGUUUAUAAACCCAAUUGGUACAUAUAUUUUUUUUUAACGACCUCAUGGGUAGAAAGUCGUUUACUUUGAUAUGAAAGCAUAUACCAACAAAGAAAAAGUUACCGAAAAGCAGCCUGUUUCCAGUGCGAUCCAACAUUCGGGUAUCGUGAUUGUGUAAUUAAAGCAGUUAUAAUUGCAUUGAUACAAAAUAUUAAAAAAGCAUUUGAGCUCCGUUAAUGUUUGAAACAAUAAUAAAUACGAGGAACAAUAAUUUGUGAUAACUAAAAAACGACAUUUACGAAUGAACAUUGUGUUCUACAGGGAAAAAGACUAAUAAAAUUGUGUAUUCUAAAUUUAGUGCUAAAAUGUGCUAAAUGACUUUAGUUUUGUAUACAGGGAUAAAUAUUCAAAAUGUCGAAAAGUAUUAAAUUUGAUUGUUGGGAAAAGCAAAAUUAUACUGAUACAAAAUGGGUACACGUGCCUGGAUAUGUACAUUGGUACCCUCUAUAAUGUUUUCAUUAGAUCUUUAUCAAUUUAAAUAAUUCGAUUGGAUAGUGAAACAAAGCAGAACAAAACACUUGUUAGAAUUUUGUAUCGUUUUGUAUUAUUACUUGUAUGCUGAAAAUAUUCAAAUUAUUAUAUGAGGAGCACGAAAAUAGUGUAUCCCUAUGGUACAUUAUUUUUUAGAAUUAUAUCCUCUAGAUUUAUACACUUACAUUCUUUACUUUUCUUUUUUAGUGUCGCGUAUGUAAGAUAAAGGCAUAAAUUAAUUGUCACGAUAGUUUAUUUUGUAUUACGUGUACAAAUGUGCACUUUUGCAUAGUUUUCUUUUUAUAUUAAUUUCUUAGGCAAUAAGUUUGUACUUUGAACGUAAAGUAAGCACUUUGUUCUAUUAUAGUGUUCAGUGUCAUAAAGCAACUUAUGGAACUUAAGUUAAUUACAAGAGUAUAUUUUAUUGUUUAAUAACUAUAUUACCAUAGGGUUACAAAAUUUUUGGUUUAACUUGUAUUAUGUUAGUUUACUAUCUGAAUAUGUACAACCAAUACAGCAUGUAACGACAGGUUGAUGAAUGUAUGAUAGAAUGAACAUAACGAUACAAGGUCGAAAUGUAAUGAGUAAAAAUAUGAAGAAUGGUAAAAUUAAACAUUGAUUCCAGUAACAAGUGACGACAUAUGUGCUUUAAGCCAGUGCGGUAUCAGAUGUGCAUACAAACGGCUCCCUAACUUGGCACAGUAUUGGUGUGACUGUAGGCUUUUGUAUAAACGCGGAUCGUAAUAAAAAAAAAAAAUUAUAAUCUGCGUUCUAUACAAAUGACAGUGUGCAUGUGUUGUAAUGUCAGAAUCCUGAUUAAACCAUCCACGAAUAACAUUAAAGUUCGUUGCAUUAUCGAAAUAAAAGAUUUUGCACGAGUGCAAUUAAUUGGAAUGCUUUGAAACUCGUUCAGUGCUUCAAAUUUACGUUAGCAUUGUAAAAUACUUGGAGUAUGUGGUCUGCAGGGAAUAUUAUUACAUUAAACUUCAUAGCUAGCAGUUACGUUGAUUUCUUUGAAUUUUCUUAUGGUAAGAAUAAUCAAAGGAAUACUAAAUAUUGUAAAAAAAUAUUUUGAUAUAAACUGUCUACACUAUGUAAAAAGAUCAGUAGUUAUUCGUGCGAUGGGUUAACUUAUUAUUUAGUAUAAUGCAGACAUAGCCACUCAAGAAGUUCAAUUUAUUUUUUGCUUUCUAAUACAGAACGUUUUGCAAACGAUUUUAUAGUUAUGGUCUGAGGAAUAAAAGGAUCUUAAUAAAGUAUAAGAUCGAGAGCAGGGAAGAACAGUUUUUUAAAUACAAUAGUAAUAUACUUUCUAAUAUUAUAAUGUAUCUAGCUACAACAGUGAAAAAUGUUAACACAUAAAGUACCUGGCACACUGGUCUAUGCUCUCUUUUAUCCAGCUCACUAGGAAGUUCAUGCCUUAGAAUGCGUGGCAAAGUGUGCUAAAUAGACAGGAAGGUUAAUCAGAGAGUCAGGAUAUAUACAAAAUGCACUGGCUAGUUAACGAGUAUACAAUACAAACCUAAUCUGCUAUCUACUAGCUUAAGAAGAUUUUCUUUUAUUUAUUUUCGCUAUGGACCUAAAUGACAUUAUCCCAUCGCUGUAAGGAUAUGUGAAUGCGAACGUCGAGUUUGCAAACGCUCCAAAAUGAAAAAAAAAGAA